AUGGCUGCCGUGGCCGUCCUCCGGAAUGACCCUCUGCAGGCCUUCCUCCAGGACCGCACCCCCAGCGCCUCCCCGGACCUGGGCAAGCACUCGCCCCUGGCGCUGCUGGCCGCCACCUGCAGCCGCAUCGGCCAGCCCGGAGCCGCGGCGCCCCCGGACUUCCUGCAGGUGCCCUACGACCCCGCGCUGGGCUCGCCCUCCAGGCUCUUCCACCCUUGGACCGCAGACAUGCCGGCGCACUCCCCGGGCGCGCUGCCGCCCCCGCACCCCAGCCUGGGCCUCACGCCGCAGAAAACGCACCUGCAGCCGUCCUUCGGGGCGGCGCACGAGCUGCCGCUCACACCCCCUGCAGACCCCUCGUACCCCUACGAGUUCUCGCCCGUCAAGAUGCUGCCCUCGAGCAUGGCGGCGCUGCCCGCCAGCUGCGCGCCCGCCUACGUGCCCUACCCCGCGCAGGCCGCGCUGCCUCCGGGCUACUCCAACCUGCUGCCCCCGCCGCCCCCGCCCCCGCCGCCCACGUGUCGCCAGCUGUCCCCCAACCCGGCCCCCGACGACCUCCCCUGGUGGAGUAUCCCGCAGGCGGGCACCGGCCCGGGGACCUCCGGGGUGCCGGGGAGCAGCCUCCCGGGCGCCUGCGCCGGGGCCCCCCACGCACCCCGCUUCCCCGCCUCCGCGGCCGCCGCCGCCGCCGCCGCCGCCGCCGCCGCCGCCCUGCAGCGGGGCCUGGUGCUGGGCCCGUCGGACUUCGCGCAGUACCAGAGCCAGAUCGCGGCGCUGCUGCAGACCAAGGCCCCCCUGGCGGCCACGGCCAGGAGGUGCCGCCGCUGCCGCUGCCCCAACUGCCAGGCGGCUGGCGGCGCCCCCGAGGCGGAGCCCGGCAAGAAGAAGCAGCACGUGUGCCACGUGCCGGGCUGCGGCAAGGUGUACGGCAAGACGUCGCACCUGAAGGCACACCUGCGCUGGCACACGGGCGAGCGGCCCUUCGUGUGCAACUGGCUCUUCUGCGGCAAGAGCUUCACGCGCUCGGACGAGCUGCAGCGGCACCUGCGGACUCACACGGGCGAGAAGCGCUUCGCCUGCCCCGAGUGCGGCAAGCGCUUCAUGCGCAGCGACCACCUCGCCAAGCACGUCAAGACGCACCAGAAUAAGAAGCUCAAAGUUGCCGAGGCCGGGGUCAAACGGGAAGACCCGCGGGACCUGUGAGCCCCCCCACCCCGGGGGGCGACUCGAGGCCCCUCCCGCCUCGGACUCCCGCCCCGGCACCUCCUCGGGGAGGCUCCGGGGCGCUGUGGGCACCUGGCCCCGGGCAGACCCAGCCGGCGCCUGCGCCUUCCCCGCGCGCCGACGGGGACCCUGUGCCCAGGAGGAGCCGGGGAGGUAGGGUUGGGAGCUCCGCGUCCCCCAAGGGCGGUUGCGAGCUCGGACCCAUUGCACCGCCUGGGAGAUCUACAGUUUGGGGGGACCACACUGGGCUGACCUUGUAUAUAUAGGAAACACUGCUGAGUUAAAGCGGAAGGACCUUGGGAGAUUUGAAAUAGUGCUCGGGUUUUUUUGGUUUUUGUUUUCUUGUUUUUGCUAGGACCAGGCCGGGCUUUGUACAGGUUAUUUAAUAGCUUUGUUAAAAGAAUAAUUAUAAUAAUUAUGACAUUAAUAAAAAUGUUACUUUUGUUCUCAGCUCCAUGCAGAGCUACACAGCAUGAAAUGUCUCUGUAAAGCAAUCAGCAGUUGCGUGAAAAUAAAUACUUUAACUCCAGGGUCAGCUCGAGACAGUCUCAUUUGAUCUUUUCUUCUUCUUCGGGGAGGCUUAUAAACCGGUCAGGUUUCACCUCGAAGACAGCUCCUGUAGGCUGCCCCUACGGAGGUCUCUUUGGUUUGGAAGGGUCUGGGCAAGUGUGUCGGGUUCACGGAUGGAGGAAGUAAGUAAGUGGGGCAGGGUCAGAUUUGUGGGAAAGAGGAUAGAUCAUGCGGCCUUUGGACUUGACCGGCUUCUCUUAAAAUUUUGAUACCUGCUGCACAAACAAUGCACGUUCUUUUAUCUGGCGAGUUCCCUGCGGCUUUCCAUUUGGUGGUACUGUGGGAAGAGAGGUCACACUAGAGCUUUGCUUCCUCCUGGCAACGGGUUAUGCUGGUGUCUGGAGAGGUACUGGAGACCCAAGGAUCUGUUCACAUUUGCGAUUUUGGACAGUUACAGGGAAACUGGGGGCCCUCCUUCAAGUUUGGUCUUUGCUGGGGGGGAAGAAGCUGUUACCUCAGCCCUGUUGUCUUGCUUGUUUUCUUCUAAAUCAUUAUGCUGUGAAAAUCUUAACAGUCUUGCUUCACAAUAGCCACUUAGGGACUUUUGGCUGGGUCUGGAAGUUUAGUUCCAUUUCGUAUCUUGGGGUUUUAUUCUUUUGAAUCAUUGAAGUAGACCAAGAUUUGCUCAGGGAGGAGCCAGGAAUACUACCAUCUAGGUUUCUUGCCUGCCUCUUAAAAAAGUUUACAGUUGUUUUUUCAAGUGUCUCAAUUCCACUGGCUCCUUGAUGUUGGUUAAUAUAUUUUUUUAAAACCUGAAACUGAAAUCUUAAACUUCUGAUUUAGAAUUAUCAAAGAAAGAAAAUUAUCAAAGAAUAUUUGUUAAUAUGUUAAACUUGCAUCAUUAAUGCCAGAUUUCAGUGGAACUGAAUAGUCUUUUCAUGGCAGUGGAAGUGUAUAUAAAUUGAUAGGAUUUCACAGUUUACAAUUUGUUGUUACCUUUCCUUUUGUUUGAAGUCAAACUGAAUGGUAAGGUCUUAAAAGCUAGGGGAAGGUUGUGCUGGAGACUUACAGAAUUAAGUAAAACACAAACAUCAAUAUAACAGAGAUGAAAUUACCUUUGUAUUUCUAACAAAUAGCAUUUUACUCUAAUAUGAGACAAGGUAGUAGAAGAAUAUUAGGAUUAUUGGGGAGAUAAGCCUUAGAACCAGCUGCUCUCAUUAGAGAUUUUGGAACUAUCUAGUGACAGAUUGGCAUAUGAGUCUUCAGAGGUCUUUACCUGGGAAGGGCAGUUUGGUUAGCUAAAUUUUCAAGGGUGUGAUGGUUUUGCAAGCAAUAGUAAUAAGAAGGUUGCUACACAGUUACACUAAAUACAUCUAAGUGUGUAAUCUUAAUCUAAAUCAAGAUUCUUAAGAAUAAUUUCUAUGAAGGGUUGCAGAAACUCAUCUGAGCCCUGUCCUGGAAUGGGCUUCAGGGCUAGGAAAGGUUUUUUUUGGCAGAUGAGUGAAGAAAGAGAAAUCCUGGUGGAGGAUUUUCCACCAGAAAAAUUUUCUGAUUUUCAACUCAGAAAAGUUGAAGUGAUUCUCUCAUUGAAAGAGAACGCCCUUGGCGGGAAAAGUGGCAACUUUGAAAUAAGUUUGCGAGCUGUUAUUAACAGCCAUAAUCAUCUAGUGUCUAAACAGAUAAAAUGUUGAAAAUAAAAUUUCCCUGUAAGUUUAUCUUUAUGAUUAUUAAGAGAAGAACUAGAUAAAAUAUAUGGCAUUUAUGUAAAAAUACAAUAUAUAUAUAAUUUUUAAAAGCAGAGCAGUCAUUUGAUGACAAAAUGACUUUCUUAUGUUUUCACUUAUAAUUAAGGAUUAAUAACCUGCAAACUUAGAAAGUAUGGUAAAAGUACAGUUUCUAGGCUAACUUGGUGCAGUUGAAAGACUGUUCCUUACUGUGCCACUGCAAAUUUGUGUUCCAAUUACUUUAGAAAAAUUAUCCAAGUGGAAGCCAGAAAGCCACAAUGAUAUGAUAUGAUAUGAUAUGAUAUGAUAUGAUAUGAUAUGAUAUUAUUAUCCAAAUGUAGGAAACCAUUUCAUGUUUAUACUGAAAAAUAAGCUAAUAAAUCAGAAAUAGAAGUUUGACAGUGCAGAAAUGUAUUUGAUUUUAUAAGCUGUUAAAAUUUGAACUGCUACCACAUGCUGUUUCAUAAAACUGCAACCAGUACCACUUAGAACUUUAAAAACUAUUUACAAUAAAUCAAUAUGCCAGAAAUAAUAUGCAUAAGUGAUAUAUAAUUGAGUACAGUUAGCAGAAAGUUUUUAAAAAUUCAAGUAAAAAGAAGUUCAGAAACAUGACAAUUAAAUGUAAACUAAAAUUUAUUUUUUAUUUAGAGUUUUGCUAACAUCAAAAAAGAAAGUUUAAUCUACCAACUAUAUUCAAGGCUUUACUUAAAGAUCCUCACACACAAUUCAUUAAGUUUUAAAAACGAAUUGAAAAUAUGUUAAUGAUGGUCUUAUGUACAUUUUUAAAGCAACUGUUUUAGUAGUGUGCAAAUAUAACAAAGUAUCAUAUUUUAGAAAAUUCUAAAAUUAGUGUGAUAUGAUUGCUUUAAAUUUAACAAUUGAUAAAUGAACCAUUUUGAUCAAGAACUUAGAACAUGGAGAAAUCGAGUUAAUCAAUGAUUUAGGUGAUUUGGAAUUAUGUGUUUCCGAACUUAUUAACAAUACUCCAUAGCUUUCUCAAGGGAAAAUUGUGCAAAUUUACCUUUGACUGACCACUAAUUUGUAAUAGUUCUGGUAAUGAAUGGAAGUAAAUUAUGUUAAAGAAUAUAUAACUGUAUCAUUUAUUGUGUUAGCAUAGUUUCAGUUAGAAUCUUAUAACCAUAUUGUGUAUAUUGUUUUAAAUUAUUUUGCUGUUAGUCAAUGGAACAAGGCAUGCCAUUUUAAAAACUAAUCUUGAUGAACAGGCUUCUUGCAGGAACCUAUUUGAAACAGUGAUAUUUGUAGACAAGGCAGUUUUUCACCCUGACCUGCAUUGUUUCUGUUCUAAUACUGUGAGUUUUUAAGAAAUCCGUUUAAAGCUGCACAUUUAGUGUUUUCCUUUUAUUUUGGUUCUGCUGUGAGAGUUUCACAGAAUGUUAUUAUAGCGGUAGCAGUGACUUCAAAUUCAUGUAAACACCUACAAAGGUGUUUAGGUCUCUAAAAUUGCAAACUGCUUUUACUUGCCUUAGCUCUUCACAUUAAAUAUUGAUAAGUUGAAGUAAAUUGAUGAUAUCUCACUGGGAAAUGAUCUGUGUGGUGGAAUCAACAAAUCCAACCCCCUAGCUCUGUUUUUCUAGUAAAUGGAAUGAAGGUUUGCUAAUAUCCCAAAUUGAGGGCUACUCCAAAACAAGUAAUAUUAACGUUCUAUCAGAUAUCAUUACCUACCUCUGGUUUACAUGAUAGAGGGAGACUUUAAAAGGGUAUGAAACCAAGGGCAGCUUUGAAAUAUGGGUAUGUGCCAGCAUAGUUGAUGAACCAGGAAAAAAUCUAGAUAGAAAGAUGUAUGUUGGCAGUGAAAUCUAUAUUUAGAUUAAUGCACCAAAAGGACACAUUUCAUUAUUGGGCCACUAUACUGGUAACCUGAUUGAUGUGGUAUCUGAUAUACAUAAACAGUACAUUUUUCUCUGGUGAUGUUUGGACUCAACACAUUUUUCCAUAAAGAUCUUUGUGUCAAUUGCUCCUCCCUUGAUUGUUUUUAAAGAAUCUGCAGUGUUUCAAAUUAGUUUAUGGAUAUUGUAAAACAGCUUACAUAAUGUUCCUUACUAUUAACAAAUAAGUCAUACUGUUCGACAAAGAUGUAAUCAAACAGCUUAUGGGCCAUCACAACUUUUUUCGAUAGUUUCAGUUUUACUAGUACAAUUUACUACCAAUUGUAGAUUUGCAUGCGAUGAUUGAUAUACUAUAUAUUUUCAUGCUGACAUUUUGAUGACUUCCCUUUCUAGACUCUAUAUACUUUUCCUUCCAUGUCUUUAGUGAUUAUGCUGAAGCAUAAUCCCCAGUGAGGUAUUUGACACUCAAUUCUUAAUUUAGUCCAUGUAUGUGAAAUGCAGUAGUUUCUGCACAACACAUAAUAAACUAUAUUAACCAAGAAUCUUAUUUUGGUUGUCUACCUAAUACCAAAAUUCAAUUCAGUGGAAAUAAACUAAGUUCCUAGUUUGAUAUAUGGAAAAUCUGUAAAAGUAAAAAAGUAAAAUCUUUUUACUUUUCAAAAGUUGUUUCAGCAUUAUGAAGAUUUGGGCUGCCUAUAAUGAAGUGGGAGGUUUUUUUUACCUCACAUCUAAUUGUUUUCAUCACUUGUCAAAAUUCUAACAUCAAAAUAUACUAAAAUCACCCAAAGUCUGAGGCCGUAGCUAGGUGUACCUGUCUUUUUAAUAAAAAGUUAAACCAUUCA